GUUGUAGCCCACCCGCCUCUUAAAGCGGCGGCGGGAAGAUGAGGUUCCGGGAGCCGCUCCUGGGCGGCAGCGCCGCGAUGCCGGGCGCGUCCCUGCAGCGGGCCUGCCGCCUGCUCGUGGCCGUCUGCGCGCUGCACCUUGGCGUCACCCUCGUCUACUAUCUGACGGGCCGCGACCUGAGCCGCCUGCCCUACCUGGUCGGAGUCUCCACGCCGCUGCAAGCUGGCUCGAACGGCGCCGCUGCCAUCGGGCAGCCCUCCAGGGAGCUCCGGCCGCCGCCGCCUUUGGACGCCUCCUCCGAGCCGCGUCGAGGUCGCGAUUCCAGCCCGGACGCGGACCCUCGUCCCGGCCUCUCAGGCAACUUGACUUCGGCCCCCGUGUCCCCCACCACAGCACUGUCGCUGCCCGCCUGCCCUGAGGAGUCGCCGCUGCUCGUUGGCCCCAUGCAGAUCGAGUUUAAAGUGCCUGUGGACCUGAUACUUCUGGAGAAACAGAACCCUGAGGUGAAGAUGGGUGGUCGCUACGCCCCCAAGGACUGCAUCUCUCCUCACAAGGUGGCCAUUAUCAUUCCGUUUCGCAACCGUCACGAGCACCUUAAGUAUUGGCUGUAUUACUUGCACCCAAUCCUGCAACGUCAGCAGUUGGACUAUGGCAUCUAUGUUAUCAAUCAGGCUGGAGACUCCACAUUCAAUCGCGCUAAGCUCCUCAAUGUUGGUUUUCAAGAGGCCUUGAAGGACUAUGACUACAACUGCUUCGUGUUUAGUGACGUGGACCUCAUUCCAAUGGAUGACCGGAACGCCUACAGGUGUUUUCCCCAGCCACGGCACAUUUCUGUGGCAAUGGAUAAGUUUGGAUUUAGCUUACCUUAUGUUCAGUUUUUUGGAGGUGUGUCAGCUCUAAGUAAACAGCAGUUUCUCACCAUCAAUGGAUUUCCUAAUAAUUAUUGGGGCUGGGGAGGUGAAGAUGACGACAUUUUUAACAGAAUAGUUUUUAAAGGUAUGUCUAUAUCUCGCCCAAAUGCUGUGAUUGGAAAGUGUCGGAUGAUUCGCCACUCAAGAGACAGAAAAAAUGAACCCAAUCCUCAGAGGUUUGACCGAAUUGCACACACGAAAGAGACAAUGUUGUCUGAUGGUUUGAACACAUUGACCUACAAGGUGUUGUACAUGGAGAGAUACCAGUUAUAUACCAAAAUCACAGUGGACAUCGGGACACCGAGCUAGCAUUUUGCUACACUGAUAAGAGACCUAAAAAUGGCCAGGGACCUCUGCUGGGUCUCUGCCAACAUGCUGGGCUGGUCCCUUUCAUUCUUACCAAUCAGAGUGAUAGACCCCUUGGCUGUCAUUCACAUGCCUUUCCAGAUGACCAGAACCAGUGGGAGAUUUUGCCCCCACCUUGACUCAGCAUGUGACUUCUUAGCUCUAUGAGGUGUUUCUAAGUGUAGAAACUGUCAGCCUUUGGGGGUUCUCAGCAUGUUCACAGUAUCACCCCAAAGAAUCAGAGCUGUAUACAGCUCCAAAUUUGGUGACUAUGGGACUCGUUCCCGGGGUAAACUAAUUUGUUGUGAAAUAGGUAAGAAUUUUGCUUUAAAUUGUGUAUUCUUAUUACUUUAUGAAAAAUUGGAGUGCUGCUGAAAUUGGAUUGGUGUGAUAUUUUUUGGUUGUCAUUUGUAACAGAAAAGCAGUUUCAACCAUUCUCAUUUUGUCUCUCCCCCACCUUCUUGUAGUGCUAUACAACUGUUCCAAUCACUGUGUGUAUGUCUUUUCUUAGCAGAAGAGUUUUAAAACUUGAGCCUCAAACCUUUUUGCCCUGCUAAUGUGUGAAUUCCAAGGCAACUUUAGCCAUCAGAGCAAAAGCCUUGGGUGUUCUCACAUUCAGUGGCCUUUCUCCAGAUUGCCUGAUUUCUGAAUGUAAAACUUUUUAAAAAUAGCAGAUUGAGGUUUGUAGUAUUUUAAAGAUCAAAUUGAAUUCUGAUUACUGAUCUAGCUUGAUUUUGUGUUGAUCCAGAUUUGCAUAGCUGUUUAGUGUUAAAACAUGGCAACUUAUUUUUCUGACUAUGCUCUGUAAACUUGAAUUUCCUAUA